AUGGAUGAAGUUAAAAAUAUUGUAGCACGCCAAUUGAUAGAAGUACCCCAACAAGUUGUCCCAUCACCACUACCACUAAAAAUGGCCAUAUCUUUUCCUCCAAAUGCAUUUGUAGAGGAAGACAUUCAAACUUCUCAACCUUGGUGUCAACCGGAGCAACCUGCAUCAAUCCAAUCACCACCUGAGUCUAGGCCUGCUACAACACCACGUCUCUCUUAUGUGGAAGAUCACGGUGUAAUCUGUCCGGUUAGGCCUACAUUUCAAAUGCAUGUAGUCCAGCCAGCAUCUGCUGUAUCUGGACGAAUCACACGUCGACGUAUGAGGUUUCGCAACAGAGCAUCACAUCGACGACGUGUAAGGCUGACCCACACUGAGCAGGCGGCGCAGCAUUUUCUGCAGGCUGAGGAAUUUUGGCGUAAAUUCAGAGCUCAGCAGCACCAAGACUAUAUGGAUUUAAGAAGAGAGCAGAAUAGGUUGAGGGUGAUGGAAAUAGAAACACAGAGACGGUGUCAUUCCCUAGGAAUUCGGGCUCUAGAUGUGAUAUGUAAGUUAGUUAGUAAGUAUAGUAAGGAAUAG